AUGCCAACGACAGAAAAUGCAACGCCAACAAUAACAGUAUCCGACUCGACAACCGAACUUUUUAAAAGUAUAAAAGAAUAUUUAAAUAGUGAUUUGAGUAUAAAAUCUGCCGACUAUGUUUAUGAGUUUCUCCGUAAAGUAAAAGACGUACCAAGAAUUGAUCGUGGUCAUGUUAUUAAUAUAUUAACUCAAACACAUGAUCCAAUUAUAUUACAAAAACUGGUAAAUGAUAGAUGUAGCUAUAUUUUAAGAAAUUGGAUAAAAGAAGAAGCAAAACAACUGUCCGACAGUAAUUUACUUCUUAGAUUAUUGAAAACAGUUCAACAUCUGCCUGUCGAUUUUGAAGUUUCAACAAGUUGUGGAUUGGGUAGAGUAGUUAAUAAUAAACUGGUAAAAGAAUCUAGUAUACCUGGUGUUGCUGAUAUGGCAUCCAAAUUAUUAAAUAGAUGGUUACAAGAUGCUAGACAGUUGUCAGAAUCUGCUGGUAAUUCUCACAUAAAAAACUCUAAAGCAAAAGAACAUCAUCCAAAAGAUAAAUCAGCGACAAUGACAACAACAAUAGCAGCAACAGCAUCGUCAACUAUUAUUAAUGAUAUGAAAAAAGAAUUAAACCAACCUGUAGUAAAAGGUAUUUUUGAAGAUAUGUUUGAUUUUUCAAAUAUUGGCAACUCCUCUUUGUCUUCUACUUCUUCUUCAAAUAUUUUCAAACCUCAAUUAUCAAACGUGUUUAAAAUAAAAGAUUCUACAAAAACCACUCUUAAAUCUGAAAAAUUUGAAACAAAGCUGUUUGAAAAUAAAUAUCCUGAUGAUAUGGAAGAUGAUAUGUCAUCAUUACCUGUUGGUGUUUGCCAUGUUAAAGAUUUGGAUCGUAGUGAAGGAAGAACUGCUUUCAAGAGAAUGAGAAAAGCACCAUCUACAAUAUGUAAAACCAAUAGUCAAGAAGCAAACAUUCAAGAAAGUCGUGAAAAACAAACCUUGGAAGUUAUUUAUCUUACAGUUGAUCAAGGAAAAAGUAUUGAAAAAUUAAAACAAAAAAUUGAAUUAAAAAAAGUUUUAAAUGAUACACCAUUUGCUAAUCCUAAUUCAUGGGUUUAUGAUCCAAAUCAAAAUGCUUCUAAUAAUGUCGGCUUAGGCAUUGGAGUCGCAGGAUUAAUACCAGGAAUUGGUACAGUCAAUAAUAGCAUAGACAGUAAUAGUAAUAAUCAAAUCAUGCCAAAUUAUUAUUAUCAUCAUCCAAAUCCUAAUAUUCCUGCACCAGCCCCUGUCCCACCUCCAUUACAAUUACCACAACCUCCUCCUCCACCUCCAACUCAAAUACAACAACAACUUCCUGUACAACUUCCGCCAUAUCAAAUAUCAAAUGCUUCACAACCAAAUCAACCACCUCAACCAUCAUUCCAAUUUCCUUAUUUUGGUGGUAAUAAUCCUAAUUCAACUGUUCAACCAAAUCUUUAUCCAUCCCCACAAUUUCAAUUACCCAAUAAUGCUCCUUCGCCUACACAAUUUCAAUUACCUAAUAAUGCUCCUCCGCCUACACAAUUUCAAUUACCUAAUAAUGCUCCUUCGCCUACACAAUUUCAAUUACCUAAUAAUGCUAUUCAACCCAAUCAAUACCCAGUACCUAGUAACGCUCAUCCAUCUGCACAAUUUAUGGGAAUUAUUAAUGGCAACAACAAUAAUAAACAACAGUCAGCAUCUUUACCUUUGUUAAAUCAACCUUUAGUAAAUGAUCAAAAUCAAAUCAUUAAUAGACCGCCAACGAAUUUAACAAACAUCACGACAACAACUGCAAAUAAUAAUAAUAAUAGAGGGGGAGGAGGUCGAAUUGGCCCUUCUAGUUCAGGAACUGGUAGACCAACUAGUGGGAAAGGAUCUGAAUGUUGGUAUUAUAAAGCUGGAAGAUAUUUAAAUAAUACUUCAUUGAGAUAUAUCAAUAAAAAUUGGUCUGGUGUUAGAGACAGUGAGCAAAUGAAAAAUAUAUUAUGUUGUGUUGAUGUUGAUUUGACUGAAUCAUUAUUUUGUGCUAGAUUUUUUG